CAGAUUGUUUUUAUGACCUUGUUGAUUGCACGAUAAACAGGUUGUUUUAAUCAUAAUUUGUGCAACUGUUGUAUAAUAUAAACAUGCUCGUGGUUGGAUUAGUUACACUAGUUUUCAUUUUUGUUUUAUAUAUUUAUUAUGACCACCAGAAAUAUCCCCCAGGACCAUGGAAUUUACCAAUAAUUGGUUAUUUACAUAAGUUAGACCCAGUGUCACCCAACCUGACCUUGACAAAACUUGCACAAAAAUAUGGACCAAUUUUUCGAAUCAAACUAGGUUUAGUAAACGUCGUCGUGAUUUCCGAAGCUAAAUUACUAAAAAAAAUUUUACUCAAAGACGAAAGUUUGGGAAGACCGCCACUUUUUAUGUUACGUGUGAUAUCAUCUGGCAAAGGAUUGGCGUACAGUCCACUCAGUGUGUGGAAAGAUCAACGCAGGUUUACUAGUAACUUUUUAAGAUCAGUUGGGAUCACAAAAUUUUCGCCAGUCAAAAAGGACCUAGAAGAUCUUAUAACACAUUAUGCUGGAGAAUUUGCAGAUUAUAUUAGUACUCAAGGGAACAGAGUAACUUUGGACCCUUCAGAAGCCCUCAUGCACUACGUCAGCAACGUCGCUGGUACUCUAAUUUUGGGUAAAUUUUUCUCGCGUGAUGACGAAGUUCGCAAAAAUUUAAUGCACAACCUGGAGACAAUAGUGUUUGAAAGUCAGCUUGGAGGAGCUUUAAACUUUUUACCAUUUUUACGGUACGUGGGUACAAUUUUUGAAAAAGCGGUACCACUUUUUUUCAGGUUUUUGACAAAAUAUAGGAAAACAUUAACCACUGUUAGCGAUACGAUGCACAAAAUUCGAAAAAGUUUAGUUGUCUACAUUAAUGAAUGCGAAAAGACAUUUUCUAGCGACGAUUCUGCUACAAAUUUCAUUGAAGCGUUUCUUCUGCAACGAUCAAAGGGUGGUCCUCCAGAAAUCUAUAACCUGGACCAACUUAUGCAUCUCUUAUUUGAUGUUUUUACCGGUAGCACCGAAACCACACUGAGUUCGUUAAAAUGGACCAUACUAUACUUAGCACAGUACCAAGAUGUCCAAGAUAAAGUUCGCAAAGAAGUUAUUGAAGUUCUACAUGGAAAAACACUCGAAAUGAGUGACGUACCGAAACUGCCGUACACGCAAGCAGUACUUACUGAAAUAUCCAGAAUUAGAACUAUAGUACCAUUGGGUUUUCCCCACUACGCUGAUGAAGAUAUCUACGUCGAUGAUGUUAAAAUUCGAAAAGGUACGACGAUAAUGCCGUUAUUGUGGGGCAUUCAUAUGGAUCCUAAAGUCUGGGAAAAGCCUGAGGAAUUCCGCCCUGAGAGAUUUUUAGACGACCAGAAAAAAUUUGUACCUUCAGAGUCGAUUCUUCCCUUUCAGUGCGGUAAAAGAAUGUGCGUUGGAGAUGAGUUAGCAAGAAUGAUUAUAUAUAUAUUUGUCGCUGGUCUCGUCAAGAAUUUCAAACUUGAACCGUGUGAAUCCAGUCCUAUAGAUUUUUCAGGAAUUUGCGGGAUAGCACUACUGCCCAAACCCCAGAAAAUUGUUUUUGUAAAGAUUUAAAUUUUAAAAUGCGAGUGUGAUUAUUUUCAGAGUUUUCUUUCAGGAUAUUAAUACAUAUAUUGUUCUUACUUGGUUUAUUUAUAAAUGUAGUAAUAUGUAAAACUCGAUAAUUGAAAUAAAUUUUAUAAUGGAAUGAA